GGUUCGCUAUCGCAGUCGAUGAUUGAAAAUAAUGGAGCGCAGAGGACGGGAUGCGGUUUAGCAUCUGGAUAUUUUAAAUAAGGAGUAAAAUGUCUGCGACACUUCUUUCCAGGCGAUCUGUGUCCCUUUCGGACCAAAUGGAGGCGAGGCAGUCGCUUUUGAGGGCUGUGAAGAAAGAGGUGAAGCAGAUUAUGGAAGAAGCUGUGACUCGAAAGUUUGUCCAUGAAGAAAGCAGCAGUAUAACCUCCCUAUGUGGGGCGGUAGAGGCAUGUUUACUUCAUGGACUACGAAAGAGAGCUCUGGGGCUCUUCAAGUUCAGUAACACAACAGCGUUGUUACAGAAGGUAUCCAAGUCCUAUGAGCCUGCCAUGGAAGUGGUUCGCAUUGUGAGCGACAUUGAGCUGAAUAACGAUCCAAACAAGAAGCCUGUAGACUCCAGCAAGAAUCCCACCAAACGCCAAACAUCUUUCUCGUUCAGCCCCAAGUAUUUGUGGAUCCGCAUCGCAAUAUUUGAGAAAAAACUUGCCAAGAUCCUCGACUAUUUAGUACAGAACAACAAUAAAUACUAUGAGUCCUUUGCCCUGAUAUCUGACCCUGUGGAUGGACCCAUCUUAGCCUCACUGCUUGUGGGCCCAUGUGCAUUGGACUACACAAAGAUGAAGACGUCCGACCACUUUUGGACAGACCCUCCGGCAGAUGAAUUAGUGCAGCGCCACCGCAUCCACUCUGGGGGUCAUCACAUGACCUCAGGCGCCGCAUCUCCGGGCUCACCAAAGCAGCGUCCGGGACUUCAGAUGCGCCCACAGAUACCAGUUCGUAGAAACCAGAGUAGUAGUAGUGAGGAAAGUUCUAAAAGUUUCCACAUGUCAGCGCGGGAGUAUGUUGAGUCGCUGCACCAAAACUCCAGGUCAACUCUUCUUUAUGGAAAAAACAAUGUCUUAGUACAAGCUAAGGAGGGAGCUGAGGCACUGCAGGGUUACCUGUCCCUACACCAGACUGUGGAGGGCCUCACCAUUAUGUGGACCCCUAACCAACUGAUGAACGGCUGUUGUGAGCAACCUGAGGACACUGACCGCAGUCAUUUCUGGGACUAUGCUUUGACCAUUUUCCUGGAUGAAAUCGUCUACAUCCACUGUCACCAACAGCCUGACUGUCGAGGCACCAUAGUUCUGGUAGGACAAGAUGGUGUCCAGCGACCACCAAUACAUUUCCCCAAGGGCGGUCACCUGCUUGCAUUCCUCUCGUGUCUGGAGACUGGCCUGCUGCCUCACGGUCAGCUGGACCCCCCUCUGUGGUCACAACGCGGUAAAGGCAAGGUGUUCCCCAAGUUAAAGCGCAAGGGCAGUCGUCUGUCCAACCUGUCUACCAGCAGCAAGGAGGGCAGCACGAGUUCCACAAGCAGCACAGACCUGGAGGAGGAGGCAACAGACUAUGUGUUCCGCAUUGUCAAAGUCUUCAAACCUGACAAUAUACCACCGGAAGUCAUGGACCCUAAAGCCAAAUUCCGCCCUGCGGACCUCUUGCCCUGGGCGCUGACACGGAUUCCUCGUGGUCCAAGCCCGCUGGCCCAGAACACUGUUCAGACUUAUGCUCUCGUGCAGGAAGAGCAAAACAACUCCAUGUUGACCAAAGUGGGCAGUACUACCACCAGGCAGGGGAACACAAUCAAGCAGCUGUGUGACACAAUGAGGAAGCAGAUCAUCUCAAGGGCAUUCUAUGGAUGGUUGGCACACUGUCGACACCUGAAGACUGUCCGUACCCAUCUGUCAGGUCUUGUACUACACCGGAUAUUCCCUAUUGACCAGCCAUAUCACGCAUCCAAGGGUCUCACAGCACUUGUUUGGGAACAAAUGUGCAAAACUGGAACUGUGACUGGGUAUCCAGAGGUGUUUAGACUGGUUUACUAUGGAGGUAUAGAACACAGCAUCAGAAAGCAGGUAUGGCCAUUCAUGUUAGGUCACUACAAGUUUGAUAGCAGCAUUGAAGACCGGGAAUUCCUAGACAAGAAAACCCAGACACUGUACGAGAAAACAAUGUCUGAGUGGUUGGCAAUAGAAGCCAUCAUUCGACAAAGAGAGAAAGAGGUCAUGGCCGCUAACCUUGCAAAAUUGUCCUCGGAAAGCACAGACGGUAACAUCCCUCUAGUGCGAAAAGACUCUAGUCUGGACAAUGACGUUUUCUUGUCACAGAGCUUUGACUCUGAUGAGUUCUCACACCCUGAGACUGUCCCAGAAGAGAGCAGUGCCACUGGGACAACAUGCUGCACACCUGACAGGAAACAGAGCAUGGAUUUACAUUUUGAAGUUAGUGAUAAGUUGACACAGACAGACGCUUGUUCCUUCAUUACGAAGCGUGAAUACCUGACAUCGUACACGACAGACAGUCCAGAUGACGGACUUGGUGACUCAAUAGCCCGGCACAGUUCCCAGGAACGGUUGAAGUCGGACUCCCUGGGGGACUCAGAGAGCACUGACUUGUCGAAACCAGACCGGGAGGGAAGCACAGAGCGUGCAAGACUCAUCAAAAUGUCAGCUGACAGUUCUGGCUUGGAGGAGGACGAAAAUGAGGCUGAUGAUGAAGCAGGUGAUGAUGAUGAUGAUGAUGAAGAUCAAGCUGAGGCUGGAGAGAAUGAACAUGAGGCUAUGGAAGAGGACACGACUCUUGAGGGCACUGACACCACAUGUGGAACUGAGGGUCAGACUGAUGCAGCUGUGGCAGUGAUGCUGGAAGGAGGGGAGACCACUGUUGUAGAUGAGCGUGUUCGACAGUUGUCGACCUCCAAGGAGAGCCUCAUGUCCCCUGCCUCUCCAGCCUCACAUGGAGGAGUUUAUGCACCUGAGCUGCUGGAUAAUGUGGCCCUCAACCUGCAUCGUAUCGACAAGGAUGUGCAGAGGUGUGACCGAAACUACCACUACUUCACGCUUGAGAAUCUCGAAAAACUGAGAAACAUCAUGUGCACAUAUGUGUGGGAACACCUAGAUGUGGGCUAUGUACAGGGGAUGUGUGAUCUGUUGGCUCCACUUCUUGUCAUCCUUGAUGAUGAGGCCAAGACAUACAGCUGUUUCUGUGAAUUGAUGAAGCGUAUGUGCAGUAAUUUCCCCCAUGGUGGCGCUAUGGACACUCACUUUGCAAAUAUGAGGUCCCUUAUACAGAUCUUGGACUCAGAGCUGUUUGAGCACAUGCAUCACCAUGGUGACUACACACACUUCUACUUCUGCUACCGCUGGUUCCUGCUAGACUUCAAGCGAGAGUUUGUGUAUGAUGACAUAUUCCUUGUGUGGGAGACUAUAUGGGCAGCUAGGUACAUCAGCUCGGCCAACUUUGUGCUGUUUAUAGCCUUAGCUCUGGUGGAGUACUACCGCGAAAUCAUCCUUGACAACAACAUGGAUUUCACAGAUAUCAUAAAAUUCUUUAACGAAAUGGCUGAGAGGCAUGAAGCAAGGCAGGUGCUAAAAAUAGCACGGGAACUUAUUCUUCGUCAGCAGACACUCAUAGACAAUAAAUAGACACUGGUUACGUCUCUGUAAUGAGGACAUGAAUGGCUCGUGUGUGAUUCAAGAUUUGUCUAUAUUUAUGAAUAUAACAUAUGUAAUUUAUAUAUAUACAUAUGUAAUUUAUGUUUAUAUAUAUUGAUGGAUUUAGCCGGUCAAAAAAUGGCAAGGGACUUGAAAGGGGACAGGGGGACCUCUGUUGCACAAAAUUGUGGGAUGGUAAACUUUGCACAUUAUAAAAGACUUAAUGUUCCGUUUCCUCUUUAGUAAUUAUAUUCAAUCAUCCAUUCAGUAUAUCGAUCAUAUGAGGUUUGGUCUUCAUCAAAACUACUUUGAUGCUUUUAUAGAGUAUAAUUGCAUGGUAAUCUAUAAAAUGGUCACUAUCCAAAAUGGAAAAGGGAUGUAAAGUAAUAUUGCAUAUUAAUAUAUAAAAUUGUCAAUAGUCAAAAUGCAAAAGGGACAAAAUAUUGUGAGACAUACAUGUAUUUUAAAAUAAAUUGGGCAUAAAAGAGGAAGGGAGGGGAACCCAUUACUAAAGGGAGGGGCAUACGUCCUCCUGACAUUUUAUAUAUAUAGAGAGAGUUACAUAGAAAGUAUUCUGUAAUAUGUAUACUUUGAAAUCUAGUUGGUGUAUAUUUUGGUGUACAAUUUAGUAUAAUUUUUUGUGUGUUUUGCAAAAAUAUGCAUGUUUUACUUCAAAUGAAAUAAAUCACAUUUCUGCAGUUUAAAUAAAGCAGUAUUACAUCAAAAGGAAAAACAGUUCAUGUUAAUAAAUGGUCAUUUUGAAAUCAUUUUAAGACCCUGUUGUCACAAAAAACAGUUGUAUGUGUAUUAGACUUAUAACCACAGAAAAAGCUAAACAUAUUCCAAAUAAAUUCAUAUAAGGCAUGUAAAUAGCUAUGUUCAAUUCACAUCAGUUGCAUAUGUACACAUGUAGCAGUUUACAAUUCCAUAAUUCUGACUAUUUUAGAGCAUUAUAUUCCAUGCCAAAAUAUAAUUGUAUUAUACCUCUUUUCACUUGUCAUUACAUCAUUUUCCCCUAUGAGCAUAUGCUUUUGAUUUUAAUAGCCCAUGAAUGGCUAUUAAUCUUUAACCCUUUACCACUUAGAUACAUAUUUUGACGCAUUUGUAGUCCCUUAGAAAGUUACAUUUAAUUAAAUACCUUUCUUACUAAAUACAAGUUUAAAAGUCUUCAUUUCCAACCUUUGGAUACUGAUGACCAGCAAGCAGCAUAAAACCUGAACAGACUGCGAGUUACUCGCAGGCUGUUCUGGUUUUAUGCAGGUUGCAAUAGCCAUUUUCACUUUGCUUCCUAUGGGGGAAAGGGUUAAACAGUAUCUGCGUUAUGAUUAUUAAAAAUAUAUAUUCACAAAAUUGAAAAAUCUAUUAAUACAUACAUGUUUUCCAGUAUAUUAUGUAUUGAUUACCGUAGUGCUCUGUCCAACAUUUAUAAUAUCUUCGCCAAAAUGAUUACUCACUGUCUGAUUGUGCAAAAAUCGUAUGUUGUAUACAUUUUUAUGAACCUUUUUUAAAUAUAUCAACAGACCCAUUACAUGUAUUCACUUAUGGCUUAAUAUAUGUUCAGGUUUACUAGGCCAGUGUUUCUGUCAUAUUUUUAUGCCCCCUUUCGAAUAAAAGGGGGCAUAUAGUGAUCGGACUGUCUGUCUGUCUGUCUGUCUGUCCGUCUUUCCGUCACACUUUGCGUUUAGGUUUCGAAAAAUGCUCAUAACUUCUAUGUUCCUUGAGAUAUAACCUUCAUAUUUAGUGUGCAUGUGUAUAUGGACAAGGCCUUUCCAUACGCACACAAAAUUUAACCCCUGUGACCUUGACCUUGAACUUAGGGUCCGGGUUUAGGUUUCGAAAUCUGCGUUAAGGUUUAAAAAAAUGCUCAUACCUUCUACAUUUAUGUCCCUUGAGAUAUAACCUUCAUAUUUGGUAUGCAUGUGUAUAUGGACAAGGCCUUUCCAUAUGCACACAAUUUUUUACCCCUGUGACCUUGACUUCGAACUUAGGGUCAGCGUUUUGGUUUUGAAAUCUGCGUUUAGGUUUUGAAAAAUGCUCAUAACUUCUAUGUCCCUUGAGAUAUAAGCUUCAUAUUUGGUAUGCAUGUGUAUAUGGACAAGGCCUUUCAAUAUGCACAAAAAUGUUGACCCCUGUAACUUUGACCUUGAAGUUAGGGUCCGCGUUUAAGUUUCGAAAUCUGCGUUUAGGUUUUGAAAAAUGCUCAUAACUUAUAUGUCCCUUGAGAUAUAACCUUUAUAUUUGGUAUGCAUGUGUAUAUGGACAAGGCCAUUCCAUACGCACAACAUUUUUUACCCCUGUGACCUUGACCUUGAACUUGGGGUCCGCAUUUAGGUUGCAAAAUCUGCGUUUAGGUUUCGAAAAAUGCUCAUAACUUCUAUGUCCCUUGAGAUAUAACCUUCAUAUUUGGUAUGCAUGUGUAUAUGGACAAGGCUUUUCCAUACGCACACAAAUUUUGACCCCUGUGACCUUGACCUUGAACUUAGGGUCAGCGUUUAGGUUUUGAAAUCUGCGUUUAGGUUUUGAAAAAUACUCAUAACUUCUAUGUCCCUUGAGAUAUAACCUUCAUAUUUGGUAUGAAUGUGUAUAUGGACAAGGCCUUUCCAUACGCACACAAAUUUUGACCCCUGUGACCUUGACCUUGAACUUAGGGUCCGCGUUUAGGUUUCGAAAUCUGCGUUUUGGUUUUGAAAAAAGCUCAUAACUUCUAUCAAGCGUUUAUAGGGGGCAUAAGUCAUCCUAUGGUGACAGCUCUUGUUUUGUUUUCUUGAAUGUUUUUUCUUCAGAGUAUGUACAAUAUUGUACACAUUAUCAGAGUUCAAUACUAGAAAAUAGUAGAAAUGUCUCCACUGCGUAAAGUGCUCUCAAACAUUUAGUAUUAAGACAUAGAUUGGAAUUGUGUGUUGUGAUCCAAUAUAUUCAUUAUUUGUUUUUACAAUAGGUCUAUUAUUGUCUAGUCAGAGAAUGUCAUAUUAAUAUUUGCGUUUCAAUUGAUAAUAAUAUAGCUUUAGUCAAAGACCUAUAGACAACAUGUUAUCUAUAGGUCUUUGCUUUAGUAUACUGGCUAAAAUUACUGCAUUAAUAUCUUUUAAAUUGUAUUCUGUUAAAACACCCUUAAUUAUAAAAAAGUAUUUCUUAAUUAUUUUCAGAUGUUUUUACAUGUUACAUUUUUGGUAAGAUUUUUUAUACAUUCAUGAAGAUUUGUUGUCUUUUUAUAUUUUUAGUUUUCUUCUUAAUGCGUUAAUACUUUUAUUUUUGAAACAUUAAAUGUACAUCAGUCUUGUUAACCAGAUAUUCAUAUAUUUAAAAAGAUCUAUAGGAGCUGUAGUAUAUUAUAAAAAAAAUUAAUCUCAAAUGUUAAGUUAUUUGUGUUAUAAUUUGUUCAAAUGAAUGUAUUUGCAUUUAUCAUUUUUUAUGAUAUUAAAUGGGAACAAAGACUGAAAAUCAAAUUAGUUUGGUACAGUUUAAUGAACGAUAUUGCCAGAAUUUUCUAAUAAAAUGAUUUUUGGACCCGCCGACUCCAAAUUUUGAAGAAACCAAAAAAAAAAAAAAAAACUUUUUUUUUUCGGAUGCCAAAAGGUGGCUUUUAAACACGAAACCUUUGCCGGGUUUUAGAAAAAGUUCAAGUAUGCAUAUUUUAUCACCCAUCUUUUUUUCUUUUUUUUUCCGUCCUCCUACCGGACACUUUUAGAAAAAAAAUCGGAAUAUCAUUUUAAUAAUUUUUUUUUGCCUAAUCUAUUUGUAUUGUUUAUUCAUUGAUCAACAUUUUAGAUGACCAGAAUAUAUUUUUUUAUUCCAGGCUUUACUUCAAAUGAUUUUUAAAUUACUUAAGAAUGUUUGUUCCGAAACAUUCAUACGUGUCUUUUUCCGCAAAACUUAUAAGAAAAUUGCAGUUUGAUUUUUUAGAAUUUCCAGCUGUUAUUACAAAGCAAAUCUUCCGAAGAAACAUUAAAACACAUUUCUUCAUAUGUACCAAUCUCUACGCAGAGUUGUCGUUCCUUGCUCUCACAUACAAUCUCUGCAAUCACAAGAACAUUCCUACCAGAUUUGGUAGAAUUUCAUUUUUACAGUUUAAGUAUUUUAUUAUGAAAAGUAGUAUCAUUUCUUUUAUAUUUUGAAAAAAGUGUAUACAUUUAAGUUCAUCAUAAAAAUAUUAAUUAUCUAAAUUAAAAAAAGUAAAAAUAACAAAGGUAAAAUUAUUGUUCCACGUGGCUAUGCUAUCAUCACGUGGUUGGUUUUGAAGGCAGGGAUUUGAUCAAGCUAUGCUGGUUCCAGUCAAAUCUCUGUGCGGAGCUUGCAUAUGUACCUGUCAGCAAGAGCUUUAAAAGAAUUGACGUUCAAAUCUGAAGAGUGUGUAAUGUAGAGCACGUACAUCUUUGAAAAUGUUUAGAUGUAAUACAAAUUAAUGAUUGAAUAACACUAAAAUCAUGAUGUAUGGUCAUCACCCUUUUGGGCAUCAGACCCUCCCAUGAUGUCAUGUGUAUUCAUGAUGAACUGUUUUGAACUCCUGAUAAUAUAAUUUAUAACUCACAUUCUAUGAUAUAGAAAUUUAACAUUAUUAUACACUUCUGUCAAGGUUAGAAACCUAAAUGAAAGUGAUUAUUAUCCUAAUAUUGUUUAUCGUGACAUCUGAUAUUGUUUAUUCGAACCAUUUGGUUGUUUAUUCCAAUUUCAUAUACUGAUACAAAGAGGCAUAUAGCAAUUUGACUGUCUGUGUUUCCAUCUUUUUAACUGACAGCUUGUAUAAGCUUAACCUGGAAUACCAAGGUUUUUCUAUCAACCAUAACAAUUAUUACCUUUUUUGGACUUGAUUCAGAAGGUUGAAAUUUUUGGUUUACCCCAAAUGAUUUGCUUUGGUAAACACAAAUACAGCUUGCUAAAAAGCUAAAAACUAUCAACAUACCCACAUCACUUGACCUCAGUUUGACCUUGUCAUUAACCUACUUUUGAACUUUGACCUAUCUUUUUUUACAAAAUUGACUGUUCACUUUAUAUAAAUACUACUACUCAAAAGCUAUGACCCUUCCUUCACUAAGCAGGCUCACAGAACCUGACCUUUUAAUCUUUAAAUAAACCAUUUUGCACUUAGACUUAAAAGUUCAAGGCCGGCUUCGUCUGUAGGCAUUUGUCAACAUGAAUAUGUGAUAUGUUUUGUUAUUAUAAAUACACAUUUUUAAGCUAUAUUUAUUUUUAACAAUAAUAUCAUAUACCUGUCAAAAUAACUGAGUGAAACAAUAUUUAUUUAUUUAUGUAAUUUAUGUUUUUCUAGUAUAAGGACCAAGGUAUAAGCAAAAGUGUUAUCUGUUCUAGCUUUUGUUUCACCAAUCAUUAAUUAAUAAAUGAUUAUCUUGUGUCCAGUUCAUUUAUUGUUACAUGUAUAUAUAUUUAUUGUUUUAAGUUGUUGUUUGUUAAGAAUAAACUCGUAUCUCAUG